AUGUCAAACUCUGUUGCUACUUCAAGAGCUCGCCUUGACCAAGUUGCGAACCAAAUCGAGCCCCGGAAAACUGCAGUCUCCAAAAGAAGCACGAUGGACGUUCCUGGGUUUGCUCUCAUAACUGGAGCAGCAUCUGGAAUUGGACAGGCGUGCGCAAAGGCUUUCGCACAGGAAGGAGCUGCAGGCAUCGCGCUGCUCGAUCUCAACCGCGAAGCUCUCGCGCAAGUCAAGGACGCUAUACUUGCAGCAACCGAGCAAGAUGACAGCAUCCGAACAGCGCCACUACGGAUUGAGACCUACGCGGUGGAUGUUUCGAACGAACAAGAUGUCACACGAGCUGUCAACCAAGCCGCGCAAACAUUUGGCCGACUAGACUAUGUCGUAAACGCAGCGGGGAUAGCGAUCAAACAUCAAGGUGGCGCUGCAUUCGCUGAGACGCAAGACUGGCAAAAGGUCCUCGACAUCAACCUCAAUGGCACAUUCUUCGUGCUUCGCGCCGCAGCCCAGAUCAUGCUGAAGCAGGACCCUAUUCUCUCAUCAAUCGAUGGCAGGCCCCUUCAGCGCGGAUCUAUCGUGAACUUCAGCUCCAUCCAAGGUGUUGUUGGUAUCACACUGUCUACAGCCUAUACCGUGUCAAAGCACGCUGUCAUGGGUCUUACACGCACAGCAUCAGAGGACUAUGCCGCCGAAGGAUUGCGAGUCAAUGCCAUCUGUCCGGGUUAUACGGAGACUCCCAUGACGACCAAAAAUCCAGCUGUGAAAAAGGCGAUGGACGAGCGCAUACAGACAGCGGUGCCAAUGCAGAGGAUGGGAAUGCCCAGAGAGAUUGCGGACGACGCGGUCGGUGCAUUGAAAGCGGGAUUUGCGGCAACAAUUCGGCAGCUUCCAUUUCUUGCCGGUACCAUCAGAUUGUCAGAUGCAGAAACAGGCCGACUUGCUAUCCAAUAUCCUGAAUCGCCAUUCGAUGAGCUUAUCGACCAGAUUUUCACUAUCAGCUAUGGCCAGGCUGGAAAUCCGGACUUGGAAUACACAAAGAUGGAGAAAGAUGGAUUUCCACCGUUGCCCAUGUGGCGUGACGUGUUCUGUCCAAGCCUUUUGAGAAAUCAUCCUGGACUUGACGAUGAGUAUGCCGCAGGACUGAUCAGUUUCAAGAAAGAACUGCCAGUGCCUGUUUUGGCAGCGCAAGCGACUUUCGUCCGCGGUGGGCUAGUCUUGAGUGUGUAUUCGCAACACAAUGCAAUUGAUGGAAGCGGAACUGCGAAACUAUACAAGAUCUGGAGCAAUCAUACCCGAUUACGCGGCUCCAUGACUAUACCAAAUGUCGAUGAAGGUCAUCGUGCUAGUUUAGACUCUCAAAGACUCUUGUUCGAUGGUCUCGCAGAAGGCGCCAAAGUCAGCGACUACCCCGACGUUCGUUUUCCGGGCACGCCACGAAGUAGUCCCCUGCUCCGCAAAGAAACGUACAAGCUCGUCUCGAAGAUAUUUGUGUUCCCAGCCGCGACUAUCUCGGAACUUGCCGCCACGCUAUCAUCCACGACAGGCAAACGUAUAUCGAGCUUCGUUGCGUUAAUAUCUCUAAUCUGGACGAACGUCACGAUCGCACGAUCGGCUGCUCUGGCGGAUAAGAAUAUACACAGCACAAUGCUGGAUAUGGCCUUCGACCACAGAAAGAAUCUUGACGAGCAUUUGAAAGAUUCUUACAUGGGUAAUUGUGUAACUGGGAUCCAGGCUUCGGCCCCAGUGUCUGCUAUGCUUUUCCAGACCUCUGACGAUUCUGUGUAUGGAGAACAACUCGCCCCAAUUGCCUCCGCCAUCUCGUACAAGCUUUCCUCUAUCACACUAGACUUCCUAAAAGCUCGGCUAAAUCUGUUCUCGCGGACGCCUAGUCCCUGGCAACUUCACAGCCAUGCUGAUGUACAGAACGGGCCUGACCUGUUCGUCACAAGCUGGAUGCAUAUCGGUACCGGUUGUGCUUGGAAGAUACCGGGAACAACAACUGAAGGUCCGGUCGCGAUCAGAAAACCGCAGUCUCAUAUUGAAGGACUCGUUCACAUUCUGCCAAAGGUGAGAAUCGAGAAUGGGUUUCCCGCCCUGGAUGUUCUUGUUUGUCUAGAGGAGUGGGAGAUGGAGAGAGUUGUGAGGAGGUUGGAGGGUGAGAGAUGGGCUGUAAGGGUCAUUGGUGCCUGA